ACUGCGUGUUGGAAAGCGCUCUCAGAUUUGCACGUGUGCCGCCUGGCACUCAGUGGACAUUUGUUAUUCUCUUGUUUUAUUCCCGAAUUAACCAAUUAAUCCGGAGCAAUGACGGCCGUGGAGCCAGGGACGAAGAAGAAGCGCAUCUCGAAGAAGAACAAAUCGGCGUGGCGCAAGACAGACAUCCAGGAUGUGGAGCAGUUCCUCGAAGAUCAGCGCCAGGAGGAGCGCAUUGGCACCUUCACGGACAAGCAGGAUGAGGAUCUGUUCGUUUUGGACACCAGCGCAGAGAAAUCAGGCAAGGCCACCGUCCUCAGUGUCAAGCAAAAGAGAAAGCUGAACGCCAAGAAGCCCAUGAGAAGUCAUCAGGCGCUGGAGAACACAUCCAAGGUGCAAGAUCCCAUUGCCAAGCGCAACCAUGUGCGCCAGAAGAAGAACGGACGCAACAUCGAGCUGGAGGUCUGCAAUCCCACCAAGCCUCGUCAUCGCCAGGCCAACAGCGAUCGCGCCCAGUACUAUGAGAAGCUGGAGCAGCGACUGGCGGACAAGAAGAGCAAGAAGCUGGCCGUGGAGAAGGACAUCUGGGAGGAGGUGGACUUCCGCGACGCGAUUCCGGGUCUCAAGGACGAGAAGGGCUGGAUCAGUCGCGACCUCGCCCUGCACACAGCCGGGAAUAUUGGCAAGAAGGUGGUCAAAACGCACGCCAGCCUGCACCACAAAACCACCAAGGCCAAAAAAUUCGAGCUUCCGCAUCCGGGCAUGAGCUACAAUCCCGCGCCAGAGGACCACCAGGAUCUUAUAUCCAAGAUUGUGGAACGCGAGGAGGGCAUCAUCAAGAAGGAGCAGCACCUGAAGCGCGUGACCACCAGCAUGUUCUCCAAGGUAACGCCCGAAGAGAGGGACCGGCGUCGUCUGCAGGAGAUGAGCCAGGGCAUGGAGGAGGAGGAGGAGCCGGAGGAGGCUGGCCAGGCCAACGGAGAGAAGCAGGAGGAGAGUGUGGACAAGCCCUACCACACAGUCAACGCUCCCGUGGAGAACAAAAAGAAGAGCAAGCAAGCCCGCCGCAAGGAGCUCAAGCAGAAGGAACUGGCGCGCCAAACAGAGCUCAAGAGGAAGCUCAAACAACAGACUGCUGAUCUGAUACGCAUCAAAUCGAUCCGCCACGAGCUGGACGACGAGGAGGAGGAUCUGAACGAGCUGAAGAAGCGGCGCAAGCAGCGCGCCGAGAAGGCCAAGUUUGAGCCGAAGCGCCUGGGGCGGCACAAGUUCGAGGAGCCCGACCUGGAUGUCAAUCUGCCCGAGGACGUGUCCGGCAAUCUGCGCAACGUAAAGACGGAGAGCAGCCUGCUCAAGGACCGCUUCCACACGCUGCAGCGCAACAACAUGCUGCCCACGACGAAGCUCGUCAGCCGCAAGAAGGCCAAGGUCAAGCGAUUCGAGCGCAGCAGCCACAAGGAGCCGGGCGUCAGCUACCAGGACCUCAAGGAUCGGCGCCGUGCGGCCGCCUCUGCAGCCAAGGCUGCUGCCGACAUCAAGAUAUAGUUCAGUUAUU